CUGCUUUGGUCGCUGGAAGCACCCGAGAGUGCACAAAAGCGCACCACAAAGCAGCACGGCACAGCACAGCACAGCACAGCGCGACAGCCUAGCACAGCGCCUCACACGCGCAGACCCGGUGCUUUGUUGUCAGCGCGGUGCGCCCGAUACGGGGACCGGCGACGAUCUGUUGGAAGCAACAGUGCUGUCAGUCGCGUUGGCGGCUUUGCACCAGAUCCAAGAGGAGGAUGGUCGCCGGCGCACAGCACGCUCGGUAUCCUAUUGGGAUGCUGUGCUGUUCGACGAGGAUUCGGAGGACGAGGAGGAAGUCGUCGGCCCGAAGGUUAAGAGGACAGGACGCGUCACGCAGCGGAGGGAUCGGCGAACCUCUGCCUGGUGGGAGCAGCUUCAGGAUGUCGACCUCGCCGACCACACUACGGCCGCUGCAUAAGUGUUUCGAGAGCGCUUUCGUGUACCUUACCCCUUCUUUCAAGAACUGGUCAAGCUGGCAAGGGCGAAGCGGUGGUUUUCGCCGGGGGAGAAGGAUGCAGCUAACCGUGCUCGGCAAGGGCAACUGCUUCGACGACGUAGAGCAGCUGUCGAAGAUGAGCAUAUCGAUGGCACAAGCUACGUUCCACAAGUUCUGCCGUCACUUUGCGGCGGAGAUGUUCGACGAGCACAUCUUCUCCCCGACCGAGACGUACCUGGACGAAUUUAUGGGGAUCUUUCACCAACUAGGGUGUACGGGAGCGUGUCGGUCCACGGAUGUCACCCACAUUGACUGCAACAUGUGCCCCUUCACCCUUGGCCGUUCUUUCACGGGCAAGGAGGGGUUUCCAACCAUCGCCUACGAGGUUACGGUCGACCACGCUUCACGCGCUUUAGCCGUUACCAACGGCUUCACCGGUGCGAUGAAUGACAAGACGGUCAUCUGGUACGACUCGGGAGUCAACGACAUCAGAACAGAGAGCCAGUAUACGGAACGGCAGUACAAACUUCGCAAGGCGAACGGCACGGAGCGAACGCGCCGCGGAUGCUUCUCGAUCGUGGACAACGGGUACCACGAGGAUGUGGAGUGCUUCUUUGGGAUUCUGAAGGGCCGCUUCAGAAUCCUCAAGCUCCGCAUGCCAUACCAUAAACGAGAAUACAUCGACAACAUAUUCUUCACAUGCUGCAUCCGGCACAACAUGCUCCACACGUUCGACGGCCUGGACUUAUUCGAGGAAAACACGGACUGGACAGGGAGCGCUGGGCACCACGACGCCUGGGAGCGUGACCCGCUCAUGGACUACACUUCUGUUGGGUCGAAGGGAGUGCUGCUGCCACCGAAGGAUGGGGAAAAGGAAGAGCGUGGGGAGGGGGGGCACGUGAGAAAGGAGCGGCAGGACCAUGCAGAGUUGAAGAAACAGCUAAUCGAGAGUUUUGAUCAACAUCACCUGGUUGUCGAGUCCCAAGUAAAGAGUUUAUGCAUGUGUUUGUUCGAAUUUGCCUUCAUUUNG